GCAGUUUCCUGGAGAAGCCACAGGUCCGCGCGUAAAACUCUCCAUUUGUGACGUUUUUACGCACGAGCCUGGAGCCGCUCAUCCAAACCGUCCUCGUGCGUAAUCUGAUAUUUGAGCGGGGUGUUUGGAAUAAUCCCACAGUUUUCCUUGAAGCGCAGGACUCUGAAGACGCGCGCAGGACGUGCCACAUCGCAGAGACACAGAGAUGAGCUCCGCGCUGCUGGUUUUAGUCUCUUUUUGGGCUCUGGUUCUGGGCUCUCCGCGCUGCGACCCACAAGUCCGAGGGCACUGCAGGCCGAUCAUAGUGGAGGAUAAACCCAAAUGCACAGAUGUGUUACUGUCUUAUUGCGACGAUAUGUCCUACACCAAAACCAUGUUCCCCAAUCUCCUCGGCCACAAAACCCGACACGACGCCGAGUCCGGGGCGGAGUACCUCCUCAUGAGCGUGGUGGAGUCUCUGCUCGGGGGGGAGUGCAACCCGGAGAUCCGGAUGCUGGGCUGUUCCGUGGUGGCCCCCCGCUGCGACGGUGGAAACGUCCUGAGGCCCUGCAGGUCCACGUGCGAGGCGGUGCGGUCCAGGUGCACGCCCGCCUUCGACGACAUCCGCAUGGCCUGGCCCUACUUCCUCGACUGUGACCGCUACUUCACCAGUGAAGAAGAGGGAUGCUACAACCCGCUGGAAGGACUCGCAGGCCAGCAGCAGCUCGAGGCCCAGAACGACAGCGUGGAGAUGGCUCUGUCCGAAGACCCGUCCACAAAGAUGCAGUUCUUGUAUCAGUCCUACACACAAAUGAACAACAUCUUAAAGAGAACUGAGGAGCGGUGUCCCGACAUCGCCAAGACGUACAGCAUCGGACAGAGCACAGAGGGACGGGAGCUGCUGGUCAUCGAGUUCUCAAACAACCCGGGACGACAUGAGCUGCUGGAGCCCGAGGUGAAGUACGUGGGGAACAUUCACGGCGACGAGGCGACGGGACGACAGCUGCUCAUCUACUUGGCCCAGUCCUUGUGUUCCGAGUAUCUCCAGGGAAACCAGCGCGUCCAGGCCCUGGUCAACAGCACGCGCAUCCACAUCCUGCCGUCACUCAACCCCGACGGGUACGAGGCCGCCGCCGCGGGCCGGCAGGACAGUCGCUAUGACGAUGAUGAGGACCAGGUCGCGAGUGAAAACUGGAACGUGGGUCGAACCAACGCCCAAAACGUCGACCUCAACCGAAACUUCCCCGACCUGACGUCCAUCGCGUACCGUCGCCGUAGAAACAAGAGAUACCGCACUGACCACAUCCCUAUCCCAGACUUUUACUGGUUUGGUAAGGUGGCGCCGGAGACCUACGCCGUCAUGAAGUGGGUCCGCUCCAUCCCGUUCGUUCUUUCUGCGAGCUUCCACAGCGGCGACCUGGUGGUUUCAUACCCCUACGACCUCUCCAAACACCCCCUGGAGGUCAACAUGCUCUCCCCCACGCCUGACGACAAGGUUUUUAAGUUUAUUUCUAAAAUCUACGCCACGUCUCACGAAAGCAUGUCCAACGAGAACGCGCAGUGUGGGUCCUCUCGAUCGGGAAGUAAAGCGGGGACGAUAAACGGAGCGCAGUGGUCCAGUUCAGCAGGAGGGAUGCAGGACUUUAACUAUCUCCACACAAACUGCUUUGAGGUGAAGGUGUCGCUCGGCUGUGACAAGUUUCCACCUGAAGAGGAACUUUUUAACGUCUGGCACGAAAACGCAGAGGCUUUACUCGCGUUUGUAGAAGCAGCCCAUCGUGGGAUCAAAGGCACCGUCACAGACGAGGAGGGAAACGCCGUCAAAGGAGCUCGGAUUUCAGUGCGAGGAAUCAGGCAUGACGUCACGACAGCUGAAGAUGGAGAUUACUGGCGCCUCCUGACCCCGGGGAUCCACAUCGUCUCGGCCCACGCUCCCGGUUUUGCCCGCUCCCUGAAGAAAGUCCACCUGCCCCCGAACAUGCACACGGCCGGACGCGUGGACUUCACUCUGCAGCGGUCGGGACCCGAGACGAGCGCGCCGGAGGACGACGACUCUCUCCCCUCGAUGGGCACGUACGAGCGCUUUGACCCCUACAACCAGUACCAGCGCUACACCUCCAGGCCAGCGGAGGCAGCGCAGGCGCGGGAGGAGAGAGUGGACAAGCCCUGGUGGUGGAGCUACUUCACGAUGCCAGGUGGACCUCCUCCGACGUGGCUACUCAAACUAUAGACCCGCAGAGGGAGAGCGGUAUCCACACAGCUUUUUAAACCAGUACACAAGACGAGGAGCGGCGUUUUUACUGUACACGACCAAAAGUAUAAUCGAGAAGGCCUGUCACGAUAACGCAGUUUGAAGUACCGUAGAUCGCUGAAGUAAAUAUACAUGAUAAAUUAUCAUAUUGAAACCCGAGAGCAGAUUUAAACCACAAAAACUACACUUCUGCAUCUAAAAUAUUGUUAAAAAUCAUGAGCUGCAAUAAAUGAAACACUUAAGUCAAUAGUUUGCGUCUAGAUGUUAUUAAUUUAACUUUUUACAGCUUAAAUAUCAUCAUACAGACAAAAAAAUGAUCAAAAAAAUAGUUGGAUAUAGUGAUUAUCGUGACAGGCCUAUGAUCCAGUAUUGUGACAUAAAUAUUUUUAAAGUAUUUUACUGUUAUGUUUUAUUAAAGAGCUUUUAUAUGAGCUGAGAGCGUGAGGACGUGAUUUUGAGAUGAAUUUAAACAUUUAUGAGGUGCAAUGUGUCAGGGCUGUCACUAGAGGGCAGACAACACUAACACUAACAACCCUGACAAGAACAACAACACUAACUACAACAAGAACAACACCAACAACAACACUAACUACAACCAGAACAACAACACCAACAACACUAACUACAACAACAACACCAACAACACUAACUACAACCAGAACAACAACUACAACAACACUAACUACAACGGCAACAACACUAAAUACAACAACAACACCAACAACACUAACAAUACCAACAAGAACACCAACAACACUAACUACAACCAGAACAACAACGCCAACACUAUCUACAACGCCAACAACACUAACUACAACAACAACACCAACUACAACACCACCAAAUACAACAACACCAACUACAACAACACCAACAACGCUACCUACAACAACAACACCAACGACAACAUAUAUAUAAUUACAAUUUGAAAAAAAAAUCAUGAAGUAAACUCCAAAAUCGAGUCUGCCAUAAGAACAAAGGACCAUGUAUCUGUACUUUACUUAAGUAUAUUUUACAGUGUGUACUUUUUACUUUUACUUCAGUACAUUUGAGAGCAGUAUCUGUACUUUCUACUGCACUACAUUUUUGAACAGGACUGAAAGUAAAAAGUACUUUUCAUAUGAUUUGAGGGGUUAUUUUUACCGUGUUCGUGCAAACAUCCUGAUUAAAGUUUAAGAGUUUGAGCUUCAGAUUUGAGCAAAAAUAAAUACACAAAAUUCAUCAGAAAAAUUAUGAAACUGGUUGGUAUUGUUGUGUCUUUUUGAAUCAAUAGCUUUACAUUCACACUUACAAACAAAUAAACAAUACUUUUACUUAAGUAGAUUUUUUCAUGUGAUACUUUUACUUCAGUAAUUUUUACCUGUGGAUCUGUACUUUUACUUAAGUAACACAAUGUUGUACUUCAUCCAUCACUGUCCAAGUAUAAAGUAUAAAAGUACCAGACUUGUAGAUCUCAGGAUUUACAAAACACAAACAUGUGGAGUAAAACAGUGAACAGUGACACAGAGGAGCCAUUACACAGAGCUGCUCAUCGUCAAACAACAAAACACUCAAAAAAAAAAACUGGACGAGGAACAGAACUGGGGCAUUUACACUUUAUCACUCACAGACUGGGAUUUUGGCCCAGUGUUUCAAACGGGCAGGUCUCCAGACACAAAAACAGGUUCUUUUGAGCAGAGACAUUAUCGAAGUAAUUCAAAGUGUUUUACAGAAUAAGAACAUAAAACAUAAAAAUCACAAAUCAAAAAUAUUAAUAAUUAUUAAACAUAAAGAGAAGAGGCAGAAUAAAACUCUUUUUCUGUCACAGCAGAUAAACAGAACUAAGUCUGGAUUUAAACAUAGUCAAAGUCGAGGCCUGAGUUUAGUCCUGGUUUAGUUUAGACUCUGGACUCCAGCAGGGGGCUGGGACUAAAGCAGAACUAAAGCAGAACUAAACCAGGACUGGUUCUAACAUGUGGUGCUCUUUGGUGCUGGUCCAUGGAGAGACUUGUUCACACUGAGCUGCUUUAAAGUCUCUGAGCCACAGGAGCCACAGACCUGAGCCACAGGACACAUGUGUGAAGUACUUCCUGGUUCUAGUCCUGACUCGAGCAGCAGUGUUCUGGAUGUUCUGUUCUGUCUUAAGUCUUGAUAGUUUUAUGUGUUAAAUUUCACUUGAUGCAUUUAAAAGUCUCUGUUUUCUAUGUUCACAUUAAAAGUCACAUUUAUUC